AUGGGUAAUUCUGUAGCUAAUAGAAAUAAUUUAACAACAUCCUCGACUGCUAUUAUAUCGAAAGACCCAUCUUCAUUUGUUUAUCAAGAUUUAAUUUUUCAUGUUCAAUCAAUUCAAUAUCAAAUGAUUGAAAUCGCCAAAUAUCUUGAUGAACGAUGGAAAAAUGAACAGAAGAUACAAAAAGAAUUGAAAUCACGUUCAAUAACAUUUGUUGAUCCAUAUGGGAAUUCAAUAACUAAUAAAUAUAUGGAUCAUGAGUUAAUCAGUACAUUGUUUACGAAAUACAAAAAGAAUUAUGUACCAAAGUAUUUACAAAAGUGGAUUCAAAUUGGAACAAUAAAUCAAAAUAGUAUUUCAACAUUUACUGAUUCGAAACUGAAAUCAUCUGUAUUUGAAUAUCCUGAUGGUUAUCAAUUUAUUACAUUUGGUGAAGUGAAAAUCUUGAUAGUAUAUCGUGAAGAUAUAUCACCUCAACAAGUGAUCCUAUCAGUUCUUCUAACAGAUACUAUAGAAAAGAUUCAAAUGCAAAUACAGAAACUUCGAAAAUUGCCAAACAUAGAACUUAAAUUAUUUAUAUUAACUCAAGAUUUUCAAGUUAAUAAACAAAAUUGGAAUGAAGGUAAAAUACUCAAAGCAAAUGACACUGUCUUGUCAUCUAAGUUACAUGAAGAUAAUUGUAUCAUUAUAGCAAAAAUUCUUCAAGAAAAAAAUAAUGCUACAAAAUCCAUGGAUCGAUUUCAAUUUUUUGUGAAGACUCUUACUGGACGAACGCUUACAUUAGAAGUCGAUGACUUUAACAUGAAUAUAGCUUCUGUGAAAGCAUUGAUACAAGACAAAGAAGGUAUUCCUCCUGAUCAGCAACGUUUAAUAUUUUCUGGAAUGCAGCUGGAAGACCACCGAACUCUUUUGGAGUAUAAAAUACAAGAGGAAUAUACAAUUCAUAUGGUACUACGUUUACGUGGUGGAAUGUAUCAUUUUACGAGCGGUCGACAAGAUUUUGAAAGUUUGCCAAAUUCAGGAGCCGAAGCAAUAAAAAAUAUUCUUGCUUUCGAAUUUAAACAUAUGAAUCAUUCUGAACGUUUGUCACCAGCUGAAUUACAAAAUUCUCUUUUACAAGGACAAGCUAUUCUUUCAAAAUUAUUUCAUGAAAUCAAAGAUUUCUCUGUAACUGAUGACCUUCCACACUUAAAGAACAUUAUAUUAUCGAUUCCUGCUGAUAAU